AUGCUUUUGGCAAUUGUCGUGGGUGUCCUGGUGCUCUGGCAAGGCUUCGCAGUGCCCGAGCCAGUUGUCACGUAUCCGCCCGGAGACAUCAGGAACAACCGGUCAGAGUGGAUCCUGAAAUUUUUGAUGGAUGCGUCAAACUACCCCAGGCGAAACCGGUCAGAUCCAUCGACCAGAGUUCACCAGCAUCCGGAGUGCCCGUUAGUCACAAGGCAUACAUUCGUUCCAAACGACAAGAAUAAACCCUGGUCGACGAUUCUCUCCCAGUUCUGCCAGAGGAAACCACCGGAAAUCCCUCAACCAGUAAUGGGGACGUUCGGACUAAGGCCACGCAGGUGCACUGUCUGCUGCGUGACCAGGAACGGAACCAAUACUCACUACACAGUGAAACAUAUUUGGCCGGGAGCACCAUGUUCUGAACGAAUGAGGUGCGAUGCAAGUGGAAAGUGCAAGAAUGCGGAUCUGAAUAACUUGCCGGAUAAACUUCCCGAGCCGUUUUGGAGUAUGGUUGAAAUGACAUGGGAGAAUCGGUGGACAGGAUAA